AUGUCGCAUAACUGUGCCGUCUGUGAUGGAUCGUUUGAUAGUGAGGGAGGUGAACAGGGAAUUAAGUGUGCUGGAAGCUGUAACAAAUACUACCAUGCUCGAUGUAUUCAGAGGGACGUUGAUGGAGCCAAAACUCGAUCUUUUAGAGAUUGGAGGUGUAGGGAUUGCCGGGCCUCAUCAGGCGCUACUCCUUCGCAGGUAAGCAAUGAAUCUACUAAAGAACUGCUUAAAGCACUUGAAGAUUUCAAGCAACAAAUGUUUGUCGAGCUUAAGUCUGUGAGGGUGGAGUUAAAUGAGCUCUCGGGGUCUAUGCAGUUUGUCUCUGAUAAGAUGGAUGAGUCAACUAAUCUAAUGAAGGAAAUAAAGAGUGAGUUAGCAUUAGUUAAGAAAGAAAAUGAAAACCUUCGUAAUUUAAAUUCGGCCCUUACAGCUGAGGUGGACUCUCUGAAGGGCAGAGUUCGCUCACUUGAACAAUAUUCUAGGAAGAAUAAUCUUGAAAUUAACGGGAUCCCAGAGACACCAAAAGAGAAUGUGAGCGGCCUGGUGAGAGAUGUUGGAGUUGCCCUAGGAGUUGAGAUCCAGGAGACCGACAUAUCAACAGCACACCGAGUACCAUCUUUCAAUAAGGAUCGAGUUCCGCCACUCAUCGUCCAGUUCUCAAGAAGGACCGUCAGAGACACUUUGCUCAACAAGUUCAAGGAUAAGAAGACGAUGACAGCCGAGCAGAUCAAUGCCGCCUUCCCCGCCCAGAAAAUCUACGUCAGUGAACACUUGACACCGGAAAACAAAAUGUUUCUGUCAAAAUUGAAGAAUAAGUGCAAAGAAAGUGGUUACAAGUUCGCUUGGUGUAAAGAUGGCAAGUUCUUUGUGCGGAAGUGUGAAGGGGAACGGUUCAUUAGGAUUGAAAACGAUGAGGAACUCAACAAGCUGAAGUAA